AUGAACUAUCCAGAAACGAAUUCCAACUUCACCGACCUUCCAGACGGCGAAAUACCAAUCAAAUACUUGUGCGCCUGGAGUCGCACAGCUUCUAUGUCAAUGCAAAAUGGCGUUGUCACCGACGUGGCUUGGUGGGCUGAGAGCGAUACAGUCCUCCGCCACCAGUUUGUUCUUCUCCGACUACGUCGUCAAUCAGUAGACCAUUUGGCUGAGCUCUAUUAUGACAUCAAGCUCGAACGGCUGGGCAAGCAUUUCCCAAGCUUUUCGCCUCUUGCGUCAGAUACUGCAACGAUUAGACGUGUUUCCGCCUCGCAAGCUUGGGAGUCGAAAUACAUUCACAACCAUACCCUAUUCUUUGCCCUCAUCUCCCAUUUGAGCUUCGUGUGGCCCAAGGAAGAUGCAGCAUCGCCCUUAUACUUUCAUCGUGCCUUCUCCGAUGUCCUCGAUGAGCACCGUCGUGGUCCUCCACUACGCCUUCGCGACCUCACCUACUAUCUUGAGCUUCUUUCUUCUCAAAGCCCGAACUAUAGCAUCGCGUCCAGCAACUGUUUCUGGUACUCGCGGCUUCUGUUCCAUAUUAUCUCCUUGCGACACUACUCGUUCCCCAUCCUUGCAACAUGCUUUCCCCUUGAAGAGUACUUAAUUCCAGUGAGCGAGGGACUCACGCUGGACACUCGCCGCAAAAUGGUCCACGAGAAGACCUGGUUGCUCCAUGACCCGUCUUCUACUGGACUGGUUUUUCGAUUUCUCCACUACGAGGAAAGGAGGAAUGGCCUUCUCAUGUAUAGCCGACUGAUCGGCAUCAUCGCAACAAUCUUCAUUAGCGGCACAAUUGGGGGUAUUGCUUAUGGGGGACUCCGUCUCUCUCAAUGGAUUCUUGGAACGCGGGAAGCACGCUUCUUGCUGUUUAACACUCUCUUUUGGUCCUCGAUACUCUGCCUCCUUCUCGGUGCACUCGGCGUCUCCGCUGUGCGAAAUGCAGUAACGGCCCUAACACAAUGGCAAAUACGGAGCAAGACAGAGGCACUAAUGCUUAGUAUGGAUACCCCAGACUAUAUACCACCAAUCCUCCCGCUUGGAUCGCGGUAUGAAGACAUCCCAGAGAUACCUUUUCGUCGAAGGCAAGAGAAGAUUUGGUUCAUCUCAUUCAAGAAACACAGCUCACCUUACGAGCCCAUGCGUGUCAAAAUUCAACAACUGGUGAAGAGAAUGAACCCGGAGAAUUUCGACUUGAAGGUUGCCAUGCAGGAGGGUGUGUGCUCACGGCUUAUAUAUCUAUGCGGAACGGCAAAAAUGCCCGCUUUUAGGACAAAGUAUCUUCGUCUCCUCAACAACAUGGCAGACUCAACUGAAGGCCGCGUCGCAGUUUCCAAAGCUUCUCAAUCUCCGCCCACCAUGCCGCUCGAGGCCACGAUGAUGAUUAUAGACAACUCGGAGUACAUGCGGAAUGGGGACUACCAGCCAACACGGUUUGACGCGCAGUCUGACGCGGUGACGACCGUUGUGCAGACCAAGAUCGACACGAACCCGGAGAACACAGUGGGCAUCAUGACCAUGGCUGGCAAAGGGCCCGAAGUGCUCGUUACACACACAAAAGAGAUCGGACACAUCCUUUCCGCUUUACAUGCUACGACCUCGAAAAUUGGCGGCGAAGUCGACAUCCCGACCGCGCUUGCGGUCGCGCAAUUGGCUUUAAAGCACCGCUCAAAUAAGAACUUGCGACAACGAAUCAUUGUGUUCGUCGCAUCUCCGCUAACGGGUGCUGGCGCAGAUGACAAGGGCAUGAUACGGCUGGCCAAGAAACUGAAGAAAAACAACGUUGCGGUCGACAUCGUCUGCUACGGUGAUGGGAUCGAGCAGGAGGAGUUUACCGCGGAGGACGGGAGCAAGAAGACGGUCCUGAAAGCCUUCAUAGAGAACACAAACAGCGGCGACAACUCACACAUGAUAAUUGUGCCUCCCAGCACUUCCGUGCUUCUCUCCGACGCGCUCAUCUCGUCGCCCAUUCUGGCGGCCGAUCGUAUGGCCAGCAUUCCGGACGAUCUUGUCCCCGGGGGAGCAGGUGACGGCGCUGGUGGCUCUGGUGGCGCGAACAACAACAACUCGCAAUUCGAGUUUGGCGUUGACCCUAGUCUCGAUCCCGAGCUGGCCAUGGCCCUUCGCCUUUCAAUGCAAGAGGCUGCCGCACGUGAUGCUGCUGAAGCCGCCACUUCUUCUUCUUCGACAACGGCGCCGGCUGACCCAACAGACAGCGAGGAAGACGCGUUAUUGAAGCAGGCAUUGGCUCUGUCGCAGCAAGACGGCGAUGUCGAUAUGGAUGCACCGCCACCGCCGACUACAGCUACAGCUUCUACAACGACGGGAGCUGGAGAUGCGAUGGACGAAGAUGAUGAUGACGAGGAGGCCGCCAUUGCCCGAGCCAUUGCAAUGAGCAUGGAACAACCGGAAGAUAAUACCAAGUCCAAAUAA